AUGGCGGGUGCUUUUGAGAAGGCAAUGGUUGCCGGCCAGAAAUUUUUAGAAGGCUUGCGCAGCCUUCCGAGCUACAAGGACGCACAGCAGAAGCAGCUGCGAGCUCUCUUGAAGCAGUUGGGUUCGGUCACUGACCUUACCACAGGUCAGUCAGGCAAGAUCUUGUCCAUGCUGGAUGAGAAAUUGUGGGACCACGAACCGCGCACCGCCUCGAUAGAGGAUCGCGCCGCUUUGGACUGGCUCACGCAGGCUGACUUUGUGUUACCCGGAGGGGACCUGACUCGACUGGCUGCUUUGAUGAAGGACGCCGAGAGCGCCUUGCCCGACCGCAGGACUGCGGAGACGUGGGAGAAUGUGCGGGAGUGCAUUUGGAUGUCGUCGUCGUGCGCGCCGCUGGAAGCGAGACUGGCGCCGACACGAGCUGCCACCGCCUUAGCUCUGGCGGAGAUUCCGGGCGUGCCACACGACGGGGAAGAAGUCCGCUGCGCGGUCAGCCAGCGGGAUGGUUGGCAGACCUUGGCAAUGAAUCCCGCCUUGCACGUGGCAGAGAUGUUCGCAGCUGCGGACGCUCUGAUGUAUUUGAUCCCGCUGGAGCGUCGCGCAGGUCUGGAAGAACUGCACGACUGGCUGGAAAUUGCGUUGCUG